UAAGUUAAGCUAUGCACUUGUCAUUAUUUAUUUGAAUUACAUGAGGUCGGCUGUGUUAUCCGGGUCCCGCUGCAGAUUAGAUUAGAUUAAUAUCUGACUAAGUGUUGGGCUCUUUGAAAGGCUCCUUGAACUCGCUCGAUUAUACCAGAUUGAUAUCCGCACCUUCAGAAAUGGCUCCCAAAGGUGGCAACGCAAAAAAAGAGAGUGGUCGAGCCAAGAAGGCAGAGAACGAGGCGAAGAAGCAAGAGGCUACAGCUGCUGAGAAGGGAAAAAAAGAGGCUGAAAAAUGGGAGGAUGGCGCCAAGGGAAACAAAGCUAAGGAGGAAAAGGAAGCCAAGCGUCUAGCCGAGCUCGCCCGCAAAGCCGAGAAUGCGCGGCUGCUUGCAGAGGAGGAAGCUGCCCCUCCCGCAAAAAUCAAGACAGCGCCCAAAAAGAAGAAAGAUGUCAAACCAGCUGGUCCUGGAGCAAUCGCAGCUGGAGGCAGCUCGAGUCAAGAAAUACCAGCAACAGAGACGAAUGUCAAGGAUGAACUGCCUAAGGAGAUCGAAAGCUAUGCUGCAACUGGCAUCGAUAAUGCACUUGAUCUACUGGAGGUAGUGACCGCAAAGAUGGACAAGGCCAGUUUAGGGCAACAAGCUGCAGGUAUCGAAAGGCACCCAGAGCGGCGAUUCAAGGCUGCGUUUGAAGCCUACAAGGAACGCGAGCUGCCAAAACUGAAAGACGAGCAUCCUGGGCUGCGCCUGCAGCAAUAUCAGGAUCUGUUGCACAAGCAGUUCCAGAAAUCACCGGAUAACCCCUUUAAUCAGGUCACCAUCGCUUAUGACGCCACAAAGGACGAGAAAUUGCAGUCUCUCAAGGAGAAACAAGAUGCUGUGCAGAAACGCUUGCGUGCAUAACGAUCGUUCUGAUGUGAUGAUUGUAGGAGCCUGGACAUUGGCAGACUCGGAAGUCGGGGUGUAUGAUAAAGCACUGGCGUUGCUGAAGUUCGAUUUACUAUCUCUAGAAAAGAAACAUCUGGACCUGUCCAUACACAUUCUCACAAUCUAUUAACACUGCGUGUAUUGUUCGUGCGAUUGGGCUGUGAAACCAUCAAAUCCAGAUGAGUCAGCCGAAUUUCCUUCGAGAAAUGGCCGUGACAGGACAAAGGUCUUCGCAUCGAUAGAGAACACAAAAGAACUAUAAGGACUGCCCACGACACCGCAUUUCCGACAC